GGACGGUGAGUCCACGAAGAGCUUUAAAAAAAGUAAAUUGCUUUUAGUAUACGACGAAGAGUAGUCUCUUUAAAGCAGAUCUUGGAUCAUCGUCUAAAUCUAAUUCUAGUUGAAAUUAAUCUCGGAGAAGCUUUGCAGAAUUGCAGAUCGAGGUCGGAAUGGGCUCUGCAGUGCUCACUGGCUGGGAGAGCGUCGGGCUCCCUUUGGACGAAGCAUGGAUCGUCUCCCUCGAGCAGAAGCUCGCCGAGACAGACUGGGAGCCAUGGCUCACACACCCCGCCUCCAUCUUCCGAGUCCCCCACCACAUCCGCGACGACGACGCCAAGCUCUACGACCCCAAGGUCGUCUCCCUCGGCCCCUACCACCGCCACGUCGACCGCCUCCUCCCCAUGAACCGUCUCAAGUGGCACAGCCUCAAGAAGUUCCUCGGCCGCAGCACCUGCUACGCCCUCGUCGACUACCUUCGCCUCAUCAAGGUCUCCGAGCGCCGCGCCCGCGCUGCCUACGCCGACGACCUUGCCUCCAUCUCUAGCAACGACUUCGUCCAGAUGAUGCUCCUCGACGGUUGCUUCGUCGUCGAGACCAUCCUCCUCUGGAAGAUCGGCGUCGGCUGCAGGCUCGAGGCCGUGCAGAACCCCAUCGCGAGCAUGUCUUGGAGUCUCCCCGUGGUGGCGCGCGACAUGCUGAUGCUGGAGAACCAGAUCCCCUUCUUCCUCCUCCAUCUCCUCUUCGAUUACGCCUUCCCUCGCCAGCACGAUUUCGCCAAGUGCGCCGCAGAGUUCUUCGCCGCGUUCGCCGACAUGGAGCUGGAGUUGCCUCCCGACGGCGCCAGAAAAGGUAGCUUUUGCCAUCUCCUCCACCUCUUCCACUCCUGCAUCAACCCGAGGAAGGACGCCGGCGAAGCAAAGUCGAGGACGAAGCUUCUCUCGCGAGCUAACAAGUCGCGGACGACCCGGGUGAAGUCAAUCCCCAGCGCAACGCGUCUGAGCACGUCCGGCGUCAAGUUCACUAGGAAGCGGACCAGGAACAUGCUCGACAUCACGUUCCACAACGGCAAGAUGCAGAUCCCGCAGCUGGCCGUCAACGGCCACUUCGACACGCUGUUCCGGAACCUGAUUGCGUUCGAGCAGGGGUACAAGUGCGUGAGCCGGUACGUGACGAGCUACGCCUCGCUGAUGGACUGCAUCAUCGACACGCCGGAGGACGUGACGCUGUUGCAGAAGGGCGAGAUCAUCGUCAACGGGCUUGGGGACAACCAGGAAGUGGCGGCGCUGUUCAACAAGCUCUGUUCCGGGGCGGCGAUCGAUGACGGCAACGGGGAUCUGGCCUCUGUCUUCGAGGAGGCGAACAGGCACUAUAAGAGGAAGUGUAAUCAGUGCAUGUCGAUCUUGAGGCGCGACUACUUCGGGAAUCCGUGGUCAGUGAUCGCGUUGCUGGCGGCGAUUUUGCUUUUCGGUCUCACGUCGACGCAGACGGUGUUCACGGUGCUGGCCUACGUCCGGCCGCCAAAGUAACCAAAUUGGUAAAUUUGAGAGAAUGAUCAUUACAAUUUGUCUUCUUUGUCA